AGUCGCCACGCCACACUGACAUUCCGAUAGUAGCACUGAUAAAAAAUUUUCUAUUGAUGAUUUUUUGCUGGCUCUUCCGAAUAGUGCUUAGUGUACAAUGUUUAAAUGAACUAAACCGAACUGUGUGAAACUAUUCUUUUAUUUUAUAGACUUGUUUAGUUCAAGUGUUAUAGUGAAGUGUUGUGAUGCUUUAUAUAUAAUGACUAAAAUUUGUGUUACUGACUGUCCCGUGAAAACUGCGACUGUGUUUAUUUAAAUAAUAUGACGUCCAAAUCGGCUUCCAGCAAAUAUCUUUAUUUUCAAAACCAAGGCUCAUAACAAAAUGUUGACAUAUGCCUUCAAACGAAAAACGAAUACAUCCCGUGAAUGAUUGCAAGUAUAGAGAGCGCGCACAUCGGCAGCGAUGCAAGAAAUAUGCAAUACAGCUGCCCUGCCGCUCGACACUAACCCUCUAGUACGAAAAAUAAAAUGCGAAGAGUACCCGGCCAUCAGAGGGAAACAAUCCGCGAGAGUUGGCAUGGGGGUGCGCGAUGAGAUGGAAGAGGACUUUGCCGUAAAGACGAGGAAUACGCCGCCAAUGGGGCCGGCACCGGGACAAGAUCACCCGCGUAUGGAGCAUGGGGGAAACGGUUUCUGGUUAGCAGCAGUAACUGCCGCUGGAGCACCACACCCGAUGCUGGAGACAUGUACAGAAACUGGCUUUAUAAAUAGCCAACCUUCUAUGGCAGAGUUCAUGACUGCGCUUCCGCAGUUAGGAACGGGAGAGCUGAGCCCUCAACACACCCCUCCGGGGUAUGCGCCCGACCUCCCCUCGCCUGGUGGUGGGCUAAAUGUACCUGAAUACCCUUGGAUGAAGGAGAAAAAGACAACUAGAAAAAGCAGCCAACAAGAAAAUGGUCUACCACGACGGCUGCGGACAGCUUAUACAAAUACACAACUAUUGGAACUCGAAAAGGAAUUCCACUUCAAUAAAUACCUUUGCCGACCUAGAAGAAUCGAGAUCGCUGCAUCACUAGACCUCACCGAAAGACAGGUGAAAGUCUGGUUCCAAAAUAGACGAAUGAAACACAAGAGACAAACAUUGAGCAAAAGCGAAGAUGGGGAUGACAAAGACUCCACUACAUCUGAAGGAGGCAAGAGUUCAAAGACGGGACUGGACAAAUUUCUGGAUGAUGACGGUCCAUUAUCUGGCAAGAAGAGCUGUCAGGGCUGUGAACUGCCGCCGGGCGCAUUAUGUUCGCCAGCCGAAGACUUGCCCGAACUAGCGUCACGAACACGUAACAAUAAUACGCCCAGCGCUACAAAUAACAAUAGUUUCGCCAGUGAUGGCGCUUCUAGUGUCGCGUCCUCUUCAUCUCUAGAUAAAUUAGCCGAGGACGACUCAAGAGACGCACAUCCACCCUCUUCUACAGUUCCCGCAGCUACUCGGAACUUAGCAAAACGAAUUAAACAAGAAUCAAGAAAACGAUCGCCUUCUUUAGAUGCUACAUGCAAAGUUUCACCUUCUGCAUCUAAAGACGGCCUCGGGUCCAUAACAGGUUUGCCAGAUGGAACCAAAUUUUCCUCUGUCAACUUAACGCCUUCGUCGACACCGGGGACUCCGUCAAGCAUCCAUCAGAGUCCACUCGGUCAUUACCCUCGACCGUCGCCUCCGAAUGCGCCUCCUGGUCCUCCUCAUCCACAGGCUGUACCUAACGCAAUGCCCCCUUAUGUUAUAAGAGGCAACGCGCCUCCUAGCCAAUUUAUUCCUCAUCCAGAUUUCCGAAUGGAUUCCAAACAGUUUAUUGGAAAAUUAUCACAAUAUCCACAAGGUAGCAGGAAUUAUGAGAACUAUAGUUCAGGAUUACAAGGCACUGAACAACAUACUUAUGUACGAAACCAACAGCAUGGGAGACAACAAGAAGGUUCUCCUGCAAGACUUGCUAAUGGUAUUGGACCUAGGCAGACUUAUCCACAUGAAAUGUAUCAAAACUAUGGGUAUCCGACCUAUGCUAAGGACCAAGUGGGGUAUGGACAUCCAGGUUACGAUCAGUCCCAAGGAUACGGUGAACACAUGGGAUACUCAAAUAGUCACUACGGUUACCAUUAUCACGACGGUCAACAUGACCACUCACACAGCUACUAUGGCAAUGAAAGUCAAAAGAACUCACAUGGAACUGAAUACGCUAAGAACGCGUAUUAUGAUGCAAGUGGUUACAGUGCUCAACAAGGUACAACGGCGUCUGGAUAUGGGGCAGGUGCUACACAAGGCGGAGCAACCGGUGAGGCUUAUGGCGGCAGCGCGGGAGAAUGCGGCGAUGGUUACGGUUCAUUCCAACAAUUUUAUGAAGCAACCCACGCCGCCCCCGCCGGCGACAACUCCAACUCCUCUUCAGACUUCCACUUCCUCAGCAAUUUGGCUAAUGACUUCGCACCUGAAUAUUACACCAUUUGAGAUAAG